AUGGGUUCUAGUUUUUCUCUCCUUGCACCCUACGACGAGCACGACGAACUGGUCGAGGAUCGAGCCAAUCAUGAUACGAUGGACGACGAGGAUAACGAUGAGCACGAACUCGCCCAUAAUUUAGAAGCAAAUGAUCAUCCUGAUUGGCUUCAACUACCGGACGAUUUAAUAGUGGAAAUCGUCAAACGGUUGGACGUGGUGGACCGUGCAAAGUUGUCUAAUGUUUGCAAGUCAUGGAGCAGGGUUGCUUUGAAUAAGGAUAUUCCGGUUCAUCAAUUUCCUCUGCUCAUGCUCCCUUCUAAGAUUAAGAGUGAUCAUGUUCGACUCUUUGACACCUCUCGCUCUCUAAUGUACCGAUUUAAUCUUCCCGAUUCAGUUGUUCAAAGAGGAGGAUGGUGCUUCGGCUCUACGAAAGGUUGGCUUUUGAUAGCAACCCUCGAAAAAAACUAUACACCGCAUAUCUCCCUACUCAAUCCAGUUUCUGGACAGAUUAUUAAACUUCCCUCUAUCACCGCAUUCGAGGCUUGCACCAAUGAUCCGUAUAGUUUUGCCGACCUAUUGGUUACUAAAAUGGAAUUGUAUUUCUUAUCCGAGGAUGACAUAUUUAUUUCAGCAAUUUUUGAUGAUAAUAAAUUGGCAAUUUGCAUAGCAGGUGAUGAGGAGUGGACGAUUGUUUCUGAAUCAGGAGAUCAUAACUUUUACGAUGACAUGUGUUUCUUUAAGGGGACGCUCUAUGUCUUACAUAGAUGUAGCGGAAGUGAUGGUGAUGAUGAUCGUGAUGGUGUUGUUUUACUAAAUAGUGCUCUCACUUUUCAAUUCUCAGAAAGCAGUAGUAUCGCCAUUAAAUUAGUUUCUUUAAUUGGUGGCCAAACUUUAGGCAGGGAAAUAAUCGAACAAAACGGGUUUGACAUCAUUACAAAUAUUUGUCGGACUGCAUAUUUGGUAGAAUCCCAUGGUGAAUUGUUGAUUGUUGAUAGAGUAUCUGAUGGUCUCUCGUACGAUGAUGAUGUUCAAAGUUUUGAAUACGCGAAGACAAAACAAUUUGAGAUUUUUAAGAUGGUGAAUGGCAGUGCUAGCAAAAGUAUGUGCAAGUUAAGAAAUGAUCAAAUAGUAUUUAUGGGAGGAAGAGGCCCUUGUGUCUCCCUUUCUGCUAAAGAUUUCAAUGAUAAGGUGAAAGGAAAUUGUAUUCACUUUUUGGAUGAGUACGAUGUGUUUGAUUUCUUUGACCUCCCACCAUUUGUAUCUCGCGAGUCUGGAAUUUGCUGCCUUGACGAUGGCAGGAUUACGCGCUGCUAUCCUACUAUCAAAUUCCCCAUGGACAGCAGAAUGACUUGGCUCACUCCGCAGUUAAUUUAG